GCUUGCUGCUACAGUUGAUCGACAGAACUCAAACUUUAGUCUACCCAAAUUGAUUUAAACGAUACGUGCAUUUGACCCAAUCUAUAACAGCACCAUGUUAUCAGACCAUGAAGUGCAGAUAGCAGACAGUGACUAUGGCAAGAACUAUGUCAAGUUACUAAAAGUACGCCGCGAGGGCCGGGUGCACCAUGUACAGGAGCUGGAAAUCAACACAGCCUUGACACUGAGCUCAAAGAAAGACUAUCUAAGAGGUGACAACACUGAUGUCAUUGCGACUGAUUCACAGAAGAACACCUGUUAUAUUCUGGCUAAACAGAAUGGGAUCGAUACCAUAGAGGUGUUUGCCCAGAUUUUAGCCAAUCACUUUUUGACCAAGUAUCCAUGGGUGGUUAAGGCAAAUAUCCAUAUAGAGCAGGCUCCUUGGAAGAGGAUACAGCAGGGAGGACGGGAACAUGUGCAUGCAUUCAUCUCUAGCCCUGAAUGCAUACGAUUCUGUGAUGUUAUACAGGAAAAACAUGGUGUUCCCAAGGUCAGCGCUGGAUUGAAGGGCAUGAAGAUUCUGAAAACCACCGCCUCUUCCUUUGUCAAUUUUGUGGAUGACGAGUAUCGCAUCUUGCCAGACAUGAGUGAUCGAAUCUUUUGCACUGUGGUUCAGGCAAAGUGGGAUUACAGCACAACUGAGGGGCUAGCUUAUUGUAAUUCAUGGUCUGCAGUAAAAAGUGCCAUCCUGGACAAAUUUGCUGGUCCUCCCGACCAAGGAUUGUUCUCUCCCUCUGUCCAGCAUACACUUUAUCUUGCUCAAAAGCAGGCUCUGUCCAAGGUCCCACAGGUGUAUUUAAAAUCUGUCUUGUCAGAACAAUUUCACCUGCAGUAUAUUGAGUGA